AUGAUCUACCUCGCCAAGUCGUUGGCAGCCUUGCCGCUGCUGGUUCUGUCUGCAUCGGCGUCAGCAAGUUACCCUCCCAAGCCGUCUGACCUGACGACUCCAGUGCAAAAGCGAAUUGCCAUACAAGGUCCUGGUUCGGUUUCUAUUGGCUGGAAUACUUUCCAGGAACUCGACCAACCGUGCGUUCAGUACGGCACCUCGGAGACUAAUCUGACUUCGCUCGCCUGUUCAACGAGUUCAGUCACAUAUCCUACCUCUAGGACAUAUUCAAACGCCGUGGUCCUCGAAGACUUGACUCCCGCUACAACCUACUAUUACCAAAUAGUGUCGACCAAUUCGACAGUUGAUCACUUCUUCAGCCCGCGCACACCAGGCGACACUACCCCGUUUGCCCUCAAUGCUGUUAUAGACCUCGGUGUAUAUGGCCAGGAUGGAUUCACCAUUGACAUGGACAUGACAAAGAGGGACACCAUUCCCUAUAUUCCUCCUGCGCUGAACCACACGACCAUUGGCCGGCUGGCCAACACCAUCAACGAUUACGAACUGAUCGUCCACCCCGGCGACCUGGCCUACGCAGACGACUGGUACCUCAAGGGCAAGAACAUCUUCGACGGCGUCAACGCCUUUGAGGCCAUUCUUGAAAACUUUUACGGCCAGCUCGAGCCUAUUGCGAGCCGCAAGCCCUACAUGACCAGCCCCGGCAACCACGAAGCCAACUGCCAGGAGAUCCCUUACCUGGGCGAAUUGUGCGCCGAGGGCCAAAAGAACUUUACCGACUUCAUGAACCGCUUCGGCCGCACCCUGCCGACGGCCUUUUCGUCCACCUCGGCCGACGAGAACGCCAAGGUGAAUGCCAAUGCCGCCAAGCUGCUGGCCAACCCGCCCUUUUGGUACUCGUUCGAGUACGGCAUGGUCCACGUUGUCAUGAUUGACACCGAGACCGACUUUGCCGACGCUCCCGAUGGCAUCGGCGGCUCUGCGGGCCUCAAUGCCGGUCCCUUUGGCUCCUCGGGCCAGCAAUUGGCUUUCCUCGAGGCUGACUUGGCGUCGGUGGACCGAAAUGUGACGCCGUGGAUUAUUGUCGGCGGACACAGACCUUGGUACACCACCAGCGGCGGCGAUGCGUGUGACGCAUGCCAGGAUGCAUUUGAGCCGUUACUGUACAAGUAUGGCGUCGACCUGGCCAUCUUUGGCCACGUGCACAACUCGCAGCGCUUCCUGCCCGUCGUCAACUCGACGGCCGACGCAAACGGCCUGCAGGAUCCCAAGGCGCCCAUGUACAUUGUGGCCGGCGGCUCGGGCAACAUUGAAGGGCUCAGCUCGGUCGGCACCACGCAGGACUAUAAUGCCUUUGCCUAUGCCGACGAUUUCUCGUAUGCGCAGGUGUCAUUCCUCGAUACCCAGAAUCUCCGGGUCGAUUUCAUUCGCUCCUCAACCGGCCAGGUCCUCGACACCUCGACGCUGUACAAGAGUCACGCCGAGCAGUUUGUCGUGCAGAGUUGA